AAGAGGGGUCCUCGUUCCACAACGACGAAGCCCAGCGAGGAGCGUAAACAGCCGCGCGCCACAUAGCCGUCGCCUGGUCGCCUGUCUCCGGGGAACCCAGCGGCUCGUUGGGACUCAGCUGCGAUGCGUCUGUUUUUAGCAGCUUCCGGGGAUCGCUGCCGUUGACUCUCUGUGGUUCUUAAAAGGCUUGCUCAGUUCACCUUCCUCUCUCCGUUCCAUAUCCUCAUUUCACUCUCAACUCCACAAUGGUCACUACUUCCUACGUUCCAGUCGCCGACGCAACUAUCCCCGCCGAUCUUCUCACUCCCGCAGAGCUCGAUGAUCCUGCCGCCUGCCUUAAAAUCGGACAGGAGUGGGUAGCUGCCUUCGACAAGGCAAUUACCACCGCCGACGCAGUCGCCUUCGACAACCUAUUCUGCGAAGAAGGCUUCUGGCGUGAUUUGGUCGCUUUCACCAACGACUACCGCGGCAUCGCCAAGCCAAACAUCUUCCAGGCUGCUUCCGACACUCUUGCGGCCGCUAAGGCCUCGGGCGCGACUGUCAGCUUGUCGCCUGCGCCCUUUGGUGCUCGUCCGUUUGCCGGCCACUCGUUCAUCAACGUUCGCUUCACGUUCACAACCGGUGUCGGUCCGGCGAUCGGCAUGGCUAGGAUCGUCAAGACCUCUUCGGGCGAGUACAAGGCGUUUGUCGGCUUCACCUGUAUCGACGGCGUCCACGGGGUUCCCGAGAAAGCAGCACCCAAUCGAGAGGAGGGCGGGCACAACUCCAAGCUCACCUACGCCCAGCUUCGUCAGCAGGAGAUCGACAAUCCAGAGCCGUCUGUCUUGAUCGUCGGGGCCGGCCACAACGGACUCGAUACCGCCGCGCGUCUCAAAGCAUACGGUGUCAAGUCUCUCAUUGUCGACAAGAACGAGCGCGUGGGUGACAACUGGAGAAGCAGAUACGCGUCGCUCACUCUGCACGACACACUCUGGGGUGCAAAUCUUCCGUACCUCAAGUUCCCGACCUGCUACCCGCGCUAUCUGUCGGCCGGGAUGCUUGCAGACUGGCUCGAGCUGUACUCCGCCGCCCUGGGACUGAAUGUGUGGAUGAAGAGCAGGGUUGAUCCGGAGCAGACCAGCUAUGAUCCCGCAACUUCGCUCUGGACGGUGACUGUUUUGCGCAACGGCGUCACUCCGUACCAGUUCAAGGUUACGCACAUCGUCAUGGCGACUGGACUCGGAGGCGGCAAACCCAAGAUUCCGCCUCCCUUCCCAGGCCAGGAGAAGUUCAAGAAGCCGGUCAAGCACUCGUUCUUCCACAAGUCUGGUGCGGACUACGAGGGCAAAGAGGUUCUCGUCGUUGGCUCGGGAUCGUCUGGUCAUGAUGUUGCGUUUGAUUUCUACAACAAUGGCGCCCAUUGCACGAUCCUGCAGCGAUCGCCGACUUACGUGAUGUCGCUCAAGAACGGAAUCGAGUUUUACAACAAGGGGGCCUACCAGGACGACGGACCGCCAAUUGAGCAGUCUGACGAGAUGGUGGAGACGCUGCCUCAUCCGGUCUCGAAGGCCUAUUUCCAGCGCUUUGUGCCUAUGAUUGCCGAGAAGGACAAGGAGAUGAUCGAGGGGCUCAAUGCGGCCGGAUUCAAGACGUGGCUUGGCCCGCAGGGCUCAGGACAUCCGUAUCUGUCGAUGAUCAAGAACGGCGGGUACUACUUUGAUUCGGGGUGCUGCGAGCACAUUAUCAACGGCGACAUCAAGGUGAAGGGGCAGGAGAUCGACUACUUCACCGAGGACAAGGUGUACUUCAAGGACGGCUCGAGCAUGGCGCCGGAGGUGGUCAUUCUUGCGACCGGAGUGACGGGAUUCCGCGAGUCGGUUGCGGAGACGCUGGGCGAGAAGGCGACGAAGAGUCUGAAGGAAGUGUGGGGGAUUGACGACGAGGCCGAGCUGAACUCGUGCUUCCGCGACUGCGGGAUCCCAAGGGUUUAUUUCAUGAUGGGCGCGCUGCCGCUGGCGAGGUUUAACUCGAAGGUGUGUAUGCUGCAGAUAGUGGCUGAGCAGGCGGGGAAGCUGGGUGAGAGGUAUUCGAUUGAGAAGCAGAAGGCGGCGGCGUAGAUGUGUUGAUUGUGAGUAGUAGUUGAUUGUGAGUAGCAGAUAUUAGUAAUAAGAAGCAGAACAGUUAGUCAGAGC